AUGAAUCCCAUGCGUGCGGGAACCUCCGUAAUGAGGCCAAAUCCUCUACACAUCACAUUCAAAAAUCCGAAUUGGCCAGCCAAUUUUAUCACGCCCGAGAACGUACUGGAAUAUUUCUGCAACUCCGACAAUGCAUUUUACGAUAAAAGUUCAUGUAAUGAGAACGUACGAAUGCAAAACAUUUCGCGACCACUUGAGGAGUGUCUACUUUCAAUGACGGGGAUUCAGUACGUCUUAUGGAGCGCUCAACCCCCUCUCUAUGUGAUUUGUAAACAUCGUCGAAAUAAUAUGCAGAACGUUACUCCGCUCGCAUACUAUUACAUCAUUAAUGGCACCGUCUACCAGGCUCCUGAUGUCUACACUUUUGUUCAGUCUCGUUUGUUGGGCGCUGUUGAACCAUUGAAAAACGCUUUUGAUCAGGUCAUACAAUACUCAAGAUACAAUGUCGCAAAAGGCUACUACUGGCAAUUUGACAAGAAACCUGCUACUAAAAAAGAUGAGGAAAAGUCAGAAGAGGAGAAACCGCUCCAAGCCCGCAGCACUCAUUUCCAAAAGACGCGCACUCAUAUGUUGAUGCAGAAUCUUUUCGAAAUAUUCCCUGCUGGAACUCCCUUAGCGAUUUCGAAUCCUGCAGAAAGUUCUGAGCCAAUGGAUACCGAUGUUAAAUCUGAGGGGAAUGCUGGAAGCACAACGCCAUCACAACUUGUUGAAGGCAAUCAACAACCUAAACCUCCUGGUACUUCAGCACCAAAACCGAACGAAAGAAUUUGUUCCCUUCCUGCACACUACUCAUUAGUGUGA